GAGUUUGACCUUACCCGUCGAGCCGAAAGGCUGGUCAGCGAACGAGCUCCGUAUUCCAUCCAAAAGUCUCCUCGCCGUCUCCUUCCUUUCUCCAUGGACCCCAUUUUCCUUGCAUCCGCGGCGGCGACAUGGGCGCUGAACAAGCUGCUCGACCACCUCAAGGAAACUGCCAUCAAUGCGCUUCUGAGAUCGAAAGGUCUCGACAAGGAGGUGAAACCUCUCAUCCACGCGCUGAAUCGCGCCAACCUCGUCCUUGGGGGCGUCAACGCCGGAGCCACAGGCACCGCCGGCGUCGAGAUCAAGAACGACAAGAGCCUGGCGGCGCAGAUCAGGCUGGUGCACGAUCAGGCCGUGAAGCUGGCCAAGUAUCUGGAUGUGCUCGAGUACUACGAAAUCAAGGAAAAGAUAAAAAAGAUGAAGCUGAAGGAAGGCAACAAAAUUACAUCCAAAGUAAAAUCUUCUAUAACUCAACUUGCACACCCAAAGACAAAUAUCAAAAUAUCUGAUAUACAAAGCAUAGCAGCUACUGCGAAAGAUCUGCAUAUGAUUUGUGACAGUCUUCACGAUGCCCUUGUGAUUCAGAAACUUACAGAACUGCGUAUUGUGACGCAAAACAAAAGCACAGACACCCGUGAGACAGCAGAGAACUUUGCUGGAACUAAGGAUUUCGAGAGGGAUGAGAAGGCUGAUAUUCUAAAACAAAUUAGUGCAAGUGCAUCAAGUGGUCAGAAGCUUUUCGUUCUUCCAAUAGUUGGUGAUGGAGGUGUUGGAAAAACAACACUUGCUCAACAAGUGUACAGUGACCCAUCUUUGAAAGAUUUCAACAUCAAGAUCUGGAUCUAUGUUUCUGCUAACUUCGAUGAAAUCAAGCUUGCCCAAGGGAUCUUGGAACAAAUACCUGGAUGGGAGCAUAAAAACACAAAAAAUCUCAAUGUACUUCAGAGUGAGAUGAAGAAAUACUUGUUGACCAGAAGAUUUCUACUUGUUCUGGAUGACAUGUGGGAAGAGAGCCAGGGUCGCUGGGACAAGCUGUUGGCUCCACUUACAUGUACACCAAUAAAGGGUAAUGUGAUUUUGGUGACAACUCGAAAGUUAUCUGUGGCCAAGAUAACAAACAGAAUGGGGGCACAUAUCAUACUGAAAGGUAUGGAGAAAGAUUUGUUUUGGAGAUUCUUCAAACGAUGUAUAUUUGGUGAUGAGAAUUAUCAAGGCGACAAGAUGCUUCUGGAUAUUGGCAAGGACAUAGCCACCAAGCUGAAUGGGAAUCCAUUAGCAGCUAAAAGUGUCGGCACUCUUUUGAGAAGAAAACCGCAUAUGGAUUGCUGGCGAAUAAUUAAAGAUAGUGAUGAAUGGAGGGCUGAAAAUGAGGGGGAUGACAUCAUACCGGCACUAAGGCUCAGUUACAAUCACCUGUCCUAUCAGCUUCAGCUGCUCUUCUCAUGUUGUGCUCUCUUUCCAAAAGGUUACAAAUUUGACAAGGACAAGUUGGUACGUAUGUGGAUAGCUCUUGGCUUUGUCAUGCAUGAAAGAAAGAAAUUGGAGAAUGCAGGAAGUGACUAUUUUGAUGAUUUGGUAAUCCGAAGCUUCUUUCAAAAAGAUGAGCAGUAUUUCAUUGUGCACGACUUAAUGCAUGAUGUAGCACAAGAAGUCUCAGUCCUUGAAUACCUUAGUGUUGAUGGCUCAGAUCCUCGGAAAGUCUUCUCAUCCAUCCGUCAUAUUGGAAUCUGGACUGGCAUAGAACCUAGUGAAACCGUUGAAGAGGAUGGAAUUCAGUAUGAUAAUAUUCUGGAAAGCUUGGAGGGUUUAAUGCUUGUAGGUGAAAACGAUGAGAAUAAUGAUAUGCUGAAAUGUUUGGAGAGUUUAAUGCUUGUAGGUGCAUAUGGUAAGAACUUCUCUGAAGAGUUUGUGAAGAUUUUGGCACAAGUACAGUAUGUUCGGAUACUUCGGUUAUCAGUAUCAGCAACGGACAUUAAUGCUGACGUUUUGCUCUCUAGUGUGAAAAGGUUCAUUCAUCUUCGCUAUUUAGAGCUGAGCUAUACAUAUACUUCUGAGGAGCAUAAACGACCUCUGCCUGAGGCUAUAUGUAAGCUCUACCACCUAAUGAUACUGGACAUCACACAUUGGAGCGGUCUAAAUGAGCUGCCAAAGGGUAUGAGUAAUCUCGUGAAUCUGCGAUAUCUGCUUGUUCCAGGGACAGGAUCCUUGCACUCACAGAUAUCAAGAGUUGGUGAACUUAAGUUGCUACAAGAGCUGAAUGAAUUUCGGGUUCAACAAGAGAGUGGCUUCAAUAUUUGCCAGCUGAAAGAUUUAAAGGAGAUCAAAGGGUCGCUUAGUAUCCUUGAUCUUCAGAAUGUCAAAGACAAGGCAGAGGCUAGUCGUGCAAGGAUUAAAGAUAAAAAACAUCUGAAGACACUGUCACUUUCAUGGGGGGGCACAAAUAAAGGUACUGCUAUGCAGAAAGAAGUAAUUGAGGGUCUUAAACCACAUGAGUACCUUGCACAUCUUCAUGUCAUAAAUUAUUCCGGUGCAACUACUCCAUCAUGGUUGGAAGCAGUCCGCUACUUAAAAAGCCUCCAACUCAAAGACUGUACAGAACUGGAGAACCUGCCAUCGUUUGAGAAGUUGCGAUUCCUGAAGAAACUGUCCUUGAUUGGUAUGUCCUCUCUGAAGGAAGUCAAGAUUGACUUCAACUGCGGUGGUGCAAGUACAGCCUCCAAGUCCUCUGAUGAGGAGGAGCUCGAGUUAAGUGAAGUUGAAAUUGCAAAAUGUUCAGCACUAACAUCCGUAAGGCUUCAUUCCUGCAAGGUACUGACCGAAUUAAACAUCAAAGAAUGUCGGGCACUAUCUUCCUUAGAUGGUUUGCCAUCCUCUGAUCAACUGGUCUGUAAAAUAGAAGAAUGCCCUCAACUUCCAUCUUACGUCGCCUGAAAAGAAAGUUGCUGCUGGUACUGUGCCAAACCACUCCAAAAACAAUUUGAUAAGCAAACAGCCAGAACAAUUGGUAUGGCAUUAUGGAUUCAAGAGGAACCCAGGAGUGUGCUGCGUGGUUGUGACUUUUGGUUACUCUUCUUGAACAUGGGUUGUUAUCAGUUCCUUCACAAAAUCAAAUGUGGUGAAGUUUGUGUCCAUUUGAGUUUGGCCAUAUACUCUGGUCAAACGAACACCAACUUUCAUUCUGUUGUCCAAAUAAGUACAACCUGAAUGGUGGUCAAGAAGUAGAAACAAUUCCUAUAUAUUGUUGUAAGUAUCUUCGUGAUGAUCAUUCUCUAGGGCCCUUUUUUUUAGAUGAUCUCUAGGGCCCAGAUGAUAUCAAUGAAUCUGCGGUCAUCUCUUUA